AUGAGCCGAUCUAGGCUUCUUAUGUCUCGGAGGCCGGAUUGGCUACAAGCGCCACAAAAUAUAACAAGAUUAUUUUGUUCUUUGCGCGGAGAGAACGUUGGCAGCGCACAGACAUCAAUUUAUAAGGUUCAACCUGAAGCGGGAACAAAGGCCUCGCAUAUAAGUUAG